CAAAGAUGUAUUCUUCAAGCAUUCGAAGUUGCAGCACCUUAUUCAAUUCUCCAUUUUCACAGUGAACACGAUCACGUGAGUCACACGCGCGGCAAUGGCUAGCGUUGGUUUGAAGAAGAUUUUAACCUUGGCAAUCGGCGACGGAUUAUCUUCAGCACGAGCCAACAUAUUUGGUCAUCUAUUGAACCCAACGGGGAAGAAAUCUGGGCACAAAAUUUACCGCAUGAAAUUGUUUGGUAAAAAAGUUGCUCAAUGGUACCCUCAUGAUAUCAACAAAGAUGACCCUCUUGUUAUGGCUCGUCAACAACAAGAACGCUUAUCGAAGCUUGAAAUGUUGAAGCGUCGGGGAAAAGGGCCACCAAAGAAGGGACAGGGAAGGCGUGCUGCAAAGCGCAACAAAUAAAGUAUACGCUUGUUUGUUUGGAAUUCAUAUUGUGGGUAUAUUG